AUGCAGGGAAUUCAUUCCCGCUGUAUAUUUGCAACUAAUAUACCCCAGAGGAGUUUUGGCAUUGAUUAUGACUGUGACUGCUUUGUCAAGGAUGGGAGACCUUUCCGUUACAUCUCAGGUAGCAUUCACUACUCACGGGUGCCCCGGUAUUACUGGAGAGACCGCUUGUUGAAGAUGAAGAUGGCAGGACUUGAUGCCAUUCAAACGUAUGUGCCAUGGAACUAUCACGAACCCCAGCUGGGUGUGUAUGAUUUUUCUGGUGACAAAGAUCUAGAGUAUUUUCUGCAGCUUGCUAACGACACUGGUUUGCUGGUUAUCCUGAGAGCUGGACCUUACAUCUGUGCAGAAUGGGACAUGGGAGGGCUUCCUGCAUGGCUGUUGGAGAAGAAAUCUAUUGUUCUCAGGUCUUCGGAUUCAGAUUACCUGGCAGCAGUAGAGAAAUGGAUGGGUGUCCUUUUGCCAAAGAUGAGGCCUCACCUCUAUCAAAAUGGAGGUCCAAUCAUCAUGGUGCAGGUAGAAAAUGAGUAUGGAAGCUACUUCGCUUGCGACUAUGACUAUCUCCGUUCCCUUCUGAAGCUCUUUCGCCAGCAUCUCGGGGAUGAGGUGGUGCUGUUCACAACUGAUGGUGCAAGCCAGUUUCACUUGAGAUGCGGAGCUCUUCAGGGCCUUUACGCAACAGUGGAUUUUGCCCCAGGUGGCAAUGUCACAGCAGCAUUCUUAGCUCAAAGGGGCAGUGAACCUACGGGCCCUUUGGUUAAUUCUGAGUUUUAUACUGGAUGGUUGGAUCACUGGGGGCACCGUCACUCUGUUGUGCCCACACAAACUAUAGCUAAAACACUUAAUGAAAUCCUGGCACGUGGUGCUAACGUUAACCUGUACAUGUUUAUAGGUGGGACUAACUUUGCCUAUUGGAAUGGUGCUAAUAUGCCCUAUAUGCCACAGCCCACUAGUUAUGACUAUGAUGCUCCACUGAGUGAAGCGGGGGAUCUGACAGAAAAAUAUUUUGCCUUGAGAGAAGUCAUUGGUAUGUAUAACCAGUUACCAGAAGGUCUUAUCCCUCCAACAACACCCAAAUUUGCAUACGGGAAGGUUCGCUUGCAGAAG